ACCGACAUUUCCCAUGGGAACUCCCUUUGACCACAGACACUUCACUGGUCUAUGAGCAUAUUAUAUAGCAUAUUGCAGGGAUGGCUGUCAAUGGGGAAGUGGUGUUGGAGGAACUGUCAAAUGAUGAUGACCAAGGUGUCCAGGAGGUUGCCUUGCUUCAGACCUUUCUGAGAGGACAUCCCAAAACAUUAGGGGCUAUUGAAUUGUUCAUUGGAGGAGUCUUGUUCAUGUUUGGUGUGGAGAUGACGAUUCAGCCUCACACACUGUCCGCUCAAUCAGGCUUUAAUUUCUGGGGAGGCCUAAUGUUUGUGAGUGCUGGAGCCCUCUCCAUUGCAGCUAACACAAAGCUUACUGAGAUUUUGGUGAAAGCCUCAAUGGGAAUGCAUAUCCUCUGCAUGCAUAGUGCAGUGAUUGGCAUUGUUCUCCUGUCUCUGGACCUCUCAUACUUUGUGAAACAAUGUAUUCACUUUGCGCAUAUGGAUUUUCCAUCGUUUGCGACAAGAUCUGUGUCAGUCACUGUAAUCCUGCUCAUUCUGACCCUGGGGGAGCUGCUGAUUGCCCUUUAUCUCUGUGUGUGGGCCUUCAAAGCUACCUGCUCCUCACGCCACCUUCCGAAGAUUCAGUUUGUUUCAGACCCGUGUGGCCAAACCUCUUCUACUACUGAGAACUCCACCCAAGCCCAAGGCUCGCUGGUAAUGGUCAAUGACCAUCCUCAUGAGGAGCUGUAAUUCGGGACCCACACAGGCAGGCAGGUGCCUGGAUACUGCAAUGGAAGGAACAACAUUUUUGGAUCCAAGUUUCUUUGGAGUUUUUUUUUAUGAUUCUGAUCAUUGGAUUAUUAUGAUUAUGUGUGGAUUGUUUUUUUUUUUUAACUUGUUGUAGUUUCUGCCAAGUGAUGUUUAUUUGAUGACAAAAUAGAGUCCAUGGUACUGAAUACAUAUUAGUUAAAAUUAUAAAAAAAACUCUUUAGUUACACAGCUAUAAAUUACAAACGUCAGCAUAAAUCUACUUAAAUAAAUGGUAAUGAAAUAUAUUUCAAGUGCCAAAAUGGCACUUUCUCUAAUUAAUCCAAUAUGCUCUUGUAAUUCAUCAGUCUGCAUGCCACAAUUGCACUUACUGUAUCUGAAGUGAAAAAUAAAAAACGGCUUUAUGGACAACAUGAA